CGGUGUGUUCGGUUCCAGAAGCUGCAGGGAGACAAACAGCGGCUGCAGGUUGUGCACGGAGCGGCCCUGCUGGGCGGAGCACAGUGCGGGAAGCUGCAGGAGCAGGUGGGCGGUGUCUGUCUGCAGAACACCUGAGAUACAAGAGGCUACUCGGUGCCGGCCAUCCCUCCAGCAGCUGUAGGGUUUUAAAAUAAAAGUUGGUUUAAUCACCGUCGUCCAUUUCGGAGGAUCUUUUAGUCGCCUGGAACAAUGAGCGCCUACACCGUGUCAUUGCCCGGCCCCGGGCCCUGGGGCUUCAGGCUGCAGGGGGGCAAGGACUUCAACAUGCCGCUGACCAUCUCCAGGAUCACUCCGGGCAGCAAAGCGGCGCAGGUUAACCUGGUCCAGGGUGAUGUCAUCGUCGCCAUAGAUGGCGUCGGCACCGACGGGAUGACUCACCUGGAGGCCCAGAACAAGAUCAAGAUGGCUAACUACAACCUGGCGCUCACCAUGACCAAGGCCAAGCGUCUUGCUCCGAUGCAGACACCAAGAAUCGACGUCUCUAUCCCCAUGAUCCCACACCAACAGCCUCAGUCAGUGCAGCUCAACGGCCGCCUGUCGGCCUGCAGCGCCUCCUCCGGGCCUGCAGAGGCAGACUCUCCCGGGAGGAGGUCGGCGGCGGUCAGCCCCACUAAGAGGAAGCAGUAUAACUCACCGAUCGGCCUGUACUCAGAGGAGACUAUGAGGGAGAUGGCGGCCGUUCAGGCGGGUCGGCCUUCUGGUCCUCUCCCAGUUAAAGAUGGUCUUGUAGACAGCGACUCCCCGGUCUAUCAGGCCGUCCAGAGUGCAGAGAAGGACCCGGACCUGGGCGAAUGGGGCCGUCGCAGCUGUGCAGUCAACAUGCAGUCCAAGUCCUUCCGGGUCCUGGCCCACAUGACCGGCACUGAGUCCUUACCAGGGGAGGAGGAGGAGGAGGAGGAGGAGGAGGAGGCUCUGAGGAGGAGCAGCCCUACUGAGCAUGCUCCAGCUUCUGCCGGCUCCGCCCCCAUCUCUCCGCAGCCUUUGAACCCAGCUUCACCUGACCCCGCCCCUCACAGCCUGAAGCGACAGUCUGCCGCUGGUUACAGCCUCCAGCACAGAGCUGCAGUCUCCAGCCAAUAUGGUCAGCCUCCUGCCAUGCAUCAGGCUCCACAAGCCCCGCCUCCGCAGCAGUAUCAGCAGCCAAUGCCGCAGCAGUACCAGCAGCCAAUGCCGCAGCAGUACCAGCAGCCAAUGCCGCAGCAGUACCAUCAGCCAAUCCCGCAGCAGUACCAGCAGCCAGUCCCACAGCAGUACCAGCAGCCCCCCACGCAACAGGCCCCGCCCACUCAGCAGAGCUCCAUUCAGAUCCCUCUUGGCUCCCUCCCUCCCAAGGUGGUCAGCACCGCGUGCAUCUACCCCUCGCAACCAGCUUCAGCUCCACCUCCUGCUCCACUUCAGUCCCGCCCUCCAGCUGCUGCCCAAUCCCCGGCUCCAGGUGGCCCCGAUUCCUCUAACCGACCCCCCUGGGUGUCCGACACCAACUUCGCCGGCAAGUUCGACCCCAGUAAGACAACAACCACCAUGAAGAUGCAGCCGCUUCCCCAGGGUGCACCUCCUCCUCCAGCAUACAUCCCCAACCGCUCUACCUCCGCACCUGCAGCUCCUAGCCCCGCCCCCAUCACACCAAGCCCCGCCCCGUUCUCACCUGUGGCGAGGGGUGUGGCCCAAAGGGCGGAGAGGUAUGCCGCCAGCAGUCGCACGCCUCUGUGUGGGUCCUGUAACAGCAUCAUCAGGGGCCCCUUCCUGGUGGCCCUCGGCCGGUCCUGGCACCCCGAGGAGUUUAACUGUCACUACUGCCACAUGUCUCUGGCUGACGCCAGCUUCGUGGAGGAGCAGAACAACGUCUACUGCGAGAACUGUUACGAGGAGUUCUUCGCUCCGACCUGUGCCCGCUGCAACACCAAGAUUAUGGGGGAAGUGAUGCACGCCCUGCGGCAGACGUGGCAUACCACCUGCUUCGUUUGCGCGGCAUGCGGCCAACCCUUCGGAAACAGCCUCUUCCACAUGGAGGACGGAGAGCCGUACUGCGAAAAAGAUUAUAUCUCACUCUUCAGCACUAAGUGUCAUGGCUGUGACUUCCCUGUUGAAGCGGGUGAUAAGUUCAUUGAGGCUCUGGGCCACACCUGGCACGACACCUGCUUCGUCUGUGCGGUUUGCCAUGUGAACCUUGAGGGCCAGCCUUUCUACUCAAAGAAAGACAAACCUCUGUGCAAGAAGCACGCUCACGCCAUCAACGUGUAGACCAAAAAGCUGCAGACCUGCUGCUCUGGCCGCCCCCGGGGGCAACGCUGCCGGGCGUGGAAAACGAACCCAAGCCAACGACAACAACUUUUGCAAGAUGUGUGUGUAAAGGCUCUUUAUGCAAAAUACAUUUUGGUUUUUCUUUUUGUGCAUUAAUAUUAAUGAUUUAAAACUACGUUGCCUGAUGAUCCCGCUUCAAAACAGAAACAAAAACAAGUCAUGAUGUUGUUGUUGCUGUUUGCCAUCCAACCCACUGUAUUAUGUUCUUUUAAUUUUCCUAUGUUUUCUACCAGAAACUACUUGUGUGCUCAAUGUGACCGUUGUUCUGUUAUUUGGAGUCUUGAGUGUGCCAAAUUAAAUAACUUUUAUAUAUUCUCAUCAGUUAAUAAAUGUGAAAUGUAAAAUAUAUGGAAUUAAAUUGACAAUACAAAAAAGAUUAAUAAUAAAGAUAUCAUUACAUGAAAUAUUAAUAAUAAUAUAGUUGAUAAUCUAAUCCAUUUGUAGCUCGGAUUGCACCUCAUUUGUAUGUCGCGUUGGACAAAAGCACCAAAUAUAAAAUUGUAAAUCUACAUCUACGUAUCCUGGGAAAUUAUAUGAUUGUUCUAGUGGCACACUGGAGACUCCAUAAGCUUGAACUGCAAAAUGGUAGUUUGUCUCCAGAAUAUUGUUCUCAUCAUAUCUUGGACUUGACUCAGUAAUGUGCCUAUUUUGAUUCAGACCUUUAUGGGUCUUUUGAAUGCUUUUUUUUUCACUUAACUAAACUAACAAAAAUAUUUUAUUAAUGUUUGGUUCAGUUCACUGCGAUUUAAAAUCACAGCCUCUAUAGAAGCUAAAAUGCCCUCAAAUUCAUUGUUUUUUCAGAGCAGCAGAUAAAACACUGAAGCAUUACUUUUACAUUUUAUAAACAGUUUGUUUCCUGCAGCUGUGUGACAGUGAAAUGAUCCUCAGAGCAGCCCAUGAAGAAGCCUUAUCUGACAUGCUGUUAGAAGUGAGACUGGCAAUGAAUGUAACAUGACCAGGUGUUUCCUCAUUCCAGCAGGUUCACCUGUGUGGUCGAAUAUGAAAAACAAGUCUAAAUGCACAAUGAUACUGUGAGAGUACCCAGACCCAAAAUUACCACAAAUAGGCACAACUCCAUAGAGACACAUAUAGCUGCUAAACGAUCACAAAGGGACAGAAAACAAUUAAAAGACACACAAAACCACUACAUUGAGACACAAAACAGCCACAUAGAGACGCCAAAUAACUACAGAGUCAGAAAACGACGACAAAGAGACACAAAUAUAUAGUUUUAACCACCAUUGUUCACCUGUACAGAGUGUGUUUAAUUCUGAAGGACAGUAUUUCAGUGUAUAUGUUUAUCCAGGUGAACCCCUGGCUGCUGCAGAGUGUGGAUGGUGUCUGAUGAUGUGAUGUGGAGUGUAACUACUAAUCCCUCUCUGACUUCACGUACAGUAGGUGUUACUGUGCAGCAAAUAACCUCGAAUUUCAUAUUAAUAGACUACUCGUCAGUUUGAUAUUUAUUUAAAAGCUAAUAUAUCUUCACUGCUGUGUUCGGUGCUAAUCAAAUUAAUAGUUUAAUUUGUCUUCUGGAUGUUAUGUGUUGAUUUAGUCUUUCUGUAUAUUUAUUGUGUUAAUGUUUGUUGUUGUCCUGAACUGUAAGAGCUUGAAUGUUUAUCACGGUGGCAUUUUUCACGACAAGGCCACUUCAUGGCUCUGUUCAAACCUCAUGCCUUAGCAUUGACUGUUUUAUUCAAUGACUAUUACAGGAUACUAGGAAGGCCCUCAAGUCCCAAAAGAUUAUAGAUUUUAUUUAUUUUAUCUUGUGCACACAAGAUCUAAAACAAUGUAACUUCUGGGGCAGCAAAGGAUGUUUGUGUCCAGCUGAUGAAUGUAAGUACAAUAUUGACUCUCUUUUAGCUCCGUUUUUGGUCUCGACCAACUCUUUAGGGCAAUAUCUGUCUGUGAUCGAUAUAUGUGUCAUUUUAAACUGAACACCUGGACAGGUGUUUUCAGCCUGCCACAUUCAAAGUCUGGUCUCAGAUGUACUUAGAAGAGGUGAUAUUGCCUGGGAGCUGAAGUUUUUAUUGACUUGUAUUUAUAAAGAGAAAUUGGGUGGGUUUCCCUUUCACUUAAAUACGAGCAUAGUGUUUUUAACAGCAUGUGUUGGCCGUCAGAAGAACUGCACCUCAACAAACUGCAACAAAAAGCAUGAUCCAUUUCAGAUCCUGUCUUUCUUUGUUCCAGGUACGUUGAAUGAUGCUCUGUUAAAGGUGAUAAAAAAAAAUGAAACCGCCUGGUUCACUUUUAUCAUGACGUGUCAACACAUCCUGUGAUCUUACAGCAUCAGAUCUGAUGUUUUUACACUGUGAACAGAGCCUCGGGUACAGUGAAUACAUGAUUUAGAACGGUAAGACUUUUUGGUUUUAGAAAUAUGUUUUUUUCAGAUUAACUUAAAUUUACUUUGACACAAGUUUAUGUGGGGAAGCUUGUUCAUACUUCCUGCAGUGUAUUGUGCCUUAGGCCACUCCUUGAUCUGUCUGUCUGACUGGCACACACUCACUCGGACAGUUGUGAUGUGUUUGUGUGCUGGUGUACAGUUUUUCAUUUGAGUAUUUUAUACAGUUUGUGUAUUUUUCAGAGGGUGAAUGUGUGCAUGCAGAACGUCACAGCUUGCCACAGCAUGUGGAGCGAGUCAACGUCCGUAUUGGUUAGUGUUGGUGUCACUGCGUCACUGUUUAACAUGAUUAAGAGUGUUUGAACUGGUUUUGGUGUCAAUGAGCUGUAAAGUGAAACACUAUUAAUGCUGCAGUAACAUUAAGACUCUCCUGGUUGUUGGAGAUUCAGCUGCUUUACUACAUUUGUUAACAGGUUUUAAAUAUUUGAUAAAUAUAUGUGUUGCAAGUUGAAUAAAUUGAGCACUUAAAACACGUUAAAA